AUGAGGGACGCGGGGGCAGAGCGCUCAGGCCGGGGCCGGCGGGGACACUGCGCGCUGCCCACGAUCCUCUGGCCACUCCUCCUGCUGCUGCGCGUCCCGUGCACCUCGUCCCUCUCUGCAGUGUGUGGGAAGACCAGAUUCAGCGGGAAUUCCUCCGGGAGUCCCACCGGGAAGAUCUUCGGAGGCCAGAGGGCGGAACCUGAGCGGUGGCCAUGGCAGGCCAGUCUACUCUAUCUAGGCAGGCACAUCUGCGGAGCUGCCCUCAUCGACAGCAACUGGGUGGCCUCUGCUGCUCACUGCUUCCAAAGGUCCACUAACCCAUCUGAUUACCGGAUCCUACUUGGGUACAACCAGCUGAACCAUCCCACAGAGCACAGCCGGCAGAUGACAGUGAAUAGGAUCAUGGUGCAUGCUGACUAUAACAAGUGGCACCGCAUGGGGAGUGACAUCACCCUGCUGCAGCUGCACCGUCACGUGGAAUUCAGCUCCCACAUCCUCCCCGCCUGCCUUCCAGAACCCACCACGUCGUUGGCCCCUGACAGCUCCUGCUGGAUAUCUGGUUGGGGAAUGGUCACCGAGGAUGUCUUCCUGCCUGAGCCCUUCCAACUUCAGGAGGCAGAGGUCGGUGUCAUGGAAAAUAGUGUCUGCGGAUCCUUUUUCCAGCCCCAGCACCCCGGCCAGCCAAGCAGCAGUGACUACACCAUCCACGAGGACAUGCUGUGCGCUGGGGACCUCAUAACGGGAAAAGCCAUUUGCCGGGGAGACUCCGGGGGUCCCCUCGUCUGCCCGUUAAAUGGUACCUGGUUCCUGAUGGGGCUGUCUAGUUGGAGCCUCGACUGCCGCUCACCCAUCGGCCCCAGCGUCUUCACCAGGCUCACCUACUUCACCAACUGGAUUAGCCAGAAGAAGAGGGAGAGUCUCCCUCUGGAUCCUGCCUUGGCUCCUCCUCAGGAGAUGCCCCCAGCCCUGGACAGCAUGACCUCUCAGGGUACCGUCUAUAAACCCGGGCUCUGCGCAGCCCUUCUGGCUGCUCACACCUUCCUCCUGCGGCUGAUUCUGCUGGGGAGCCUGUGAAGGGCCGCGGCCCCCGGUCUCCUAACCACAAGCGUGCUCACCUCAGGCCGGCCUCCUCGCUGAGCUCUACACGCUCCUGACGUGUUUCCAUCUCUGGGCUCUCCUGUCCACCUAAGGCCACCCCUGCCCCAG